AUGAAGGGCGCCGUCAGCAAGCAGAUGAUGCCGAAGAAACGUCGAUAAACGACGAUCUUCAAUUGGAAGUAGCAACCACCUCCGGCGCCGAGCCCUCGGCCGGAUCGUCGAAAAAAUCGAGUACGUCGUCAAAGCGUGGCGCAACCAAGACGAUGAAAGCAGGAGAAACAUGCACCAUCGAUGUUGUCGACGAAGAAACCGGCAGGCCGCUGGAGCCCAGCAAGAACGCCACCAAGUUUGUCAGCCAAUGCGGAGCCGUUGUUAGAGACAACGUCUCGAUCACCCGCCAGGAGUGGAAUGAGCCAAAGAAGGCACGUGUUGGUUUCACUUUUGUCGAUAAGAGAGAAAAAAAAGAUUGCUUCAACAAGCUUAUGGAACAUUUCGUUCUACCUCCGGAAUACCGCAAAUACGAUGAGGAGGGUAACAAGAUUGCGGAAAACAAGAAGAGGCGCAAGCUAGUCAAACAGUUCGCUCUUUCUAGGAUGGCCAACGCAUUCCGGAAAUACAAGCAAAAUCUAGCCCAUGACUUUGUCAACCAGGGCAAGACUCCGGAUUUCAAAGGACAAUAUGAGAAACUGCAACAUGAUUGGCCAGAAUUUGUGAAGCAAAAGAAAUCGGAGCAGUUCCUUGAACUAUCGAAAAAAAUAAGGAAAAUGCGGCCAAGAAGGAGUACAAUCAUAAAAUGGGGCCAGGAGGGUAUCGCUUUUGGCAGCCUAAGUGGGAGAAGAUGGAGAACGAGCUGAGGG